CACUGAAAAUGGGGGUUGUCGCCCAGAUCCGAAGCGGGAGGGUUCGUUCAUCAGUUUAGCGGAGCUAUUUUGUUCAGAUACCUUGUCCUAACUCGCUGUGGUACUUUCAAUUGUGUUAGCCUUCCUAUUGAGUGGACUGGUUCUUCCGAACCCUUCCGCUGGCUAUAACUUACUACUGGCCCGGGGGGGGGACUCCCAUAAUGACGGGGAUGCUCGUAGGGAAGCCAAUUUUUACCCCUAAUACGUACCAACAAAAAAAUAGGCUUUUAAACUACUUUUAUGCUGCGGCUGACAAGUCAUCAAGCACCUCCACCAGUUAUUUUUACAAACGUACUGUCAUUCUAUCUUUAGCAUAGUAGAACUCAAGAACUGGAACAUGAAAAUAUAUUGCUUUUCAAUACUUUGUCAACAUUCUAUAUUUAGCAAUUGUAGAACUCACAACUGGAACAGGAAAAUUUAUUUUUAGCUUUUUUUUUAAUAUCUAAGUAGCAGCUUGUUCUGUCCCCUAAAAGGUACUGUGUCACAAAAAAAUGCCAGUGCUUGAACUUGAACCCCCUAAAAGGUACCAAACCCAUGAUUUUUACCCCUGAAAGGUACUACAAGCAUUCCCGUCAUCUCGGUACAGGGAGUCCCCCCUAGGGGACAACGGGCCUGAAGAAAGGGAUAGAUAAUUACCAGGCUUUGUCGACAACCUGAGGAGUUUUUACGAGGAGGAGUACAGUGGAGUCUACUACAGAAAGCUGUCUCCUUCUGAUGAUCUAGAAUCUAAAUCAAAAAAAGCAUUUGAUGAUUUUCUGAAGUCCCACCAAAACACCUACCCUAGAGAAAGGACCAAGUACUUUGCAGAAUGGGAGAAAGUAUACAGUUCUACUGGCCCCUUUAACACAGAAGGUGACAUUACUAGCCUGCUUAACCAGCUGAAAAAUCCAACAAAUUUCCAGGCUGCCUUACAAAUGGAACAGCUUCUUGUGAAUAGAGAUGAUGCAACAGAGGCUGAAGCAGCUUUCAAAAGUGCAUUUGCAUCACAGGACAACAAAAUGGUGGAGCAAUAUUAUCUUGGAGAUGAUGACAUUAUUCAUGGUGUAAUGGUUUCAGCAAUGAGGAAAGAUAACACAGCAGUGUUCUUGGUCUUACUCAUGGACUAGCUAUCUCCUGUGGCAUAAUAAAAGAAGCUGUUGUGCGCACAGAAUACUGUCCAAAAGAGAAAAACUUCCUGUGUGUGGCUGGUCAUAACAAUUAAUUGAAUUCAGAAACCCUCCAUAUCCAAAGGACAAAGUGGAUGAGGAAUAGGCAUGUAAUGAUAAUGCAAUGUUACAGUAGAAAACAGUUUGUAAUAAUGCUAUUUGUGAAAAAAUAUAUAUACAGUCGAUUGAGAAAACGCCGUGGUCAACAGGCGCCUAGCUGCAUACAGUCGUUUAACAAAAGGUUGUCGUCAACGGGCUUUGCGACUACGCGACAAGCUCGCAUGUAAGCAUGGGUAAAAAACACUGAAGCGCCUAGCUGCAUUUAUUAGCCACUGCAUAACUUCUGACUUAGACACGGUAGCGGUGUCUAAUAUUUGCAGCUAGGCGCUUCAGUGGUUUUUACCCAUGCUUACAUGCGGGCUUAUCGCGUAGUUGCGAAGCAGGUUGACGACGACGUUAUGUUAAAACGACUGUAUAAAGCCGAACGGAUUCCCUCGGUACCGUGAAAAGUGUCCGUUAUAAAGAGGUUAAAAUAUCGGGACUUUGGAUGGUGUCCGCUAUAUAGAGGGUGUCCGAUCAAUAGUGGUUUCCCGAAGGACCCAACGUCACCAGGAAUUUCCGCCCUGCAUCCUUGACGAAAUACUGGAAACCUGCACCCAAUGACAAAAUCAUUGAUCCUUGAUCAAUCUCAUACAAUGAUUGAUGGCAAAAUUGAUUGCAAAAGUGCGGGCGAAGAGUGUUUUAUUCUGUUUUUGUUUAUUAGCAGAUAUUAGCGCUUGAUAAAUGUGCCACAAUAAAUUAAAUAAAAUACUGGUGAAACUUCCUGACUAAAAUUGACUGUUAUUCCAACCGCUUAUUUGAUCAGCAGCUUCGGUCUGGGAUAUUUACAUCGCGCUACAAAUUUGAUGCAAAUAUGCUUGUAACGGUUACCAGUCUGUCCACUGGUCCAGGAACUCGUCUGUCCUACAAGUCUAAAAUUCGUCGAGUACCAUUUUUCGGUGAAAUACUGUUAACGAGACUAAAUAACAAUUUUGAAAUCAUUAAGGGAGUGAAAAGCAAAAUAGUUUGCCAUCUAUGCUAUCUUGCCGGCUCUUAUAGCCUUUAUAUUGACAUAAAACAAGCGAUGGAUUCAUGAGUGUCAUUUUAUAUAUACUUUUAUUUUUGCUAUUAGGUUGGGGAUGACACUGUGAAUGACGACUCCCACAAUGAUCAUACCGAUUACUCUUUUGUGUGUUGUGGGGCAACUCUAUAACAUAAUAUUGCCCUGAAGUGAUCUAUUCUACACGAAUAAAGAAAAUAAUAGCGGGAACGGAAAUAAUAACGGUAAAGCAAUUGGAAUGCGACGCCUGUCAUUACGAGAACAAAUCUGAACACACCAGGUGGCACCCUCGAUUUAUUUUUUUAAUAAUUUAUUUCAAUGCGGUGUCAUGCCCUAUCCACAAAAUUUAUAUGUAAACAUUAUGAUUUUGAGGGUAAUUGCUUUUAAGACCAUCCAUUCUCAUUAACGUCGUGUAAUCAAAAUAGUGAUCUAGCUGACUUUUUGUGAGUUCCCACAUUGUUAUUAACUCAUAGCAAUCUUAUGGUAAUUUGGAUCUCCCGUCAGUAACAUAUAUUGUACAGAAUGUACGCAUCCUUCACUUCAUUGCGAUAAAUGCGCAUUGGCGAAGCUGUUUGAGGACAUUUCCAAGAGCUUUGUGCUCAUAAACUGUUACAAAAUGCUCGCGUUCUCCACCGAUCAGGUCAGCGGCAACCUUCAAGAAGCAGCUCCCAUGAGGUCCCUUUCUGUUCUACGCAUACCUACCCACAGCCACGCUGAAUCCGGGAAAGCUGAUCAAGAAAUAAGUCGUGAAAAUUCCUUUUUCCAAAUCCGUAAAGUGCUAAAACCACUGAUUCUCUUAAUGAAAAUAUUUGGUCUUAUCCACGGAAACGUUUAUACAGACACCGCAUCUGAUGAUAAAAACUCGAUCAGUCCUUCAGAUGGAGACGACCCGCGUACCCCUCGCUAUACACGGAAGGGUGUGAUUAUGAAUAUUUACUGCGUGCUUGUCGGUCUACUUCUAUAUGGUGCGUUUAUAAGUUCUGUGAGCUUCACCAUACAGGCCCGCGACUUCAGCACCAUCUUAAACCUGCUUGUCCUAGACAUUUGGACUUUGCUGUGUGCAUCGCAACACACAAUUUGCAUGUUGACCAUCUCAAAGCGAAAUCAAGCCUCAAAGUUCUCGAAAUUUGUCCGCGCUCUCGUUAGCGCAGACGUCCACAGCUUUCCUCCUUCAACGAAGCUCAUGACAACAGUCAUAGUUUCUUGUAUAGUGAUUGACCUUGUCAACACUAUUAUGGUUCUGCUGUUUUUAUCUUUCCCUGAUGAAAACAUGAGGCGCAAAUUCUUCGUGUUAAUGUUUGGCCAAGGUAACCUCACCAUGUCCAGUUCUGGAGGUUGGGCUCUAGCAGUCAUCACAUCUUCUGUACUGUUUACCAAUGCUGCGUGGAUUUAUCCCGCUGGGAUCUACAUUGUAACGUGCUUAUUGGUUGCUGAGAAAUUCUCGUUCUUAACAUCAAAGGCUGCACGUUGUACCGUCGAGAAGAAUGGCUACAUCAAUAUCUCCAUUAUUCGUCGCGAGCACCUCCGACUUUGCCACGCCCUUCAGGCUCUAGAUGGCGUUCUUUCCCCAUUAGCGCUCGUAUCAUACGGCUGUAACAUCCCCCUGGUCUGCAUUUUCCUCAACAUCAGCAUUGGCACUUUCGCCCAGAAGGUCGACCCAUUUGAGCUGACUGCUUUGUUGUUUUGGAGCACGACUAAUAUAGCAAACACAGUACUAUGUUCUUUGGCAGGAGCUCACGUUAAUGCCAAGGCUCACAGUCUGACCGACGUUGUGUAUGACAUCGACGUCAAAAGACUCGAUGCUGAUGAGAAGACGGAGUUGACGCUACUGCUGAAUAAACUGAUCACAGAGGUUAUCAGCCCUACAAUCGGCGGGAUCGUCCCGAUCACACGCGGGAUGCUGUUGACAGUCUUUGGGACUGUGUUGGGGUACCUGACCAUCCUCGUCCAGUUCAAGUAACAUAUUUUAUAACUAAAAAAACAAUGAGUAUGAUGGCUUCAAUGCUGUAAUGCGUGUGUAGAAUACAGCCCACCUACAAUCUCGACUAUAAACAAAAUGAU